GGGUUUUUCACUAGUGCUAAGCAAAGAAGAAAAUAGAGAGAGACACAGAGACGGGUUCUCUCUGGACUGAUCGGCAAAACCAUCGUUAGUUGCUUAGUUUAUACUCUCCUCUAACCUUUUACUUUCCGUUUAUCGAUUUCUCUCAUGUCAUUCUAAUGCUUAAUCAGUAGAAAAUUUUGAUCGAUUUGAUAUAUGUAUUGUUUAUUUCUUCUUUAAGAAUAGUCAAUCAGCGGAUUUUCAAGUAUAGAUACACUAAUUCGAGAUUAAUUAGGGACAUCACUUUUGAAAGUUUUUGAUUCCGAUAACAAACCCUAGUUUUAAUGGCUACAUCUACUAUUAACCAUCAUUCUCACUGGAAUACUACCGCUGACACUGCUCCACAGCAGUCUAACCGAUCAGAAGCAGCCGCGCGUGGCGUUUACUCGCCCUGGGCUCAGAUUGGUCAAUCAGAAUCUAAUAUACAAGUAGUUCACUUCUCUGAUUGUUCGCUUUCUGAACAAGUGGACGGUUGUGCGUUUGAGAGUGACACUAACAGCAAUGGGGCUAAAAAGACGGUUUGGAAUAAACCCUCAAAUGGUGCAGCUGAUGUUAGUCCUGUUAUGGGUGCUCUCUCUUGGCCUGCUCUCUCUGACUCUACCAAGGCUUCAUUUAAAUCGUCUUCUUCUUCUGAUUCACUCAGAACUCUGUCCAAUGGAUCAGUUUCUGAAACACAGGUCACUGGGAUGGCAUCAGCUUCUCAUAGGCAAGCUAAUACUAACAAUGCAAACCCUAAUACAAUGCUGAACCAUGUUGUACCCAGCCGCCAAAGGUCUAUGAAGCGCGGCGGUGGUAACUCAAACCAUAAUGCAUCAGCAAAUGGCGUCUUUUCUCAGCAACAGGCACAUGGUUUUGAGGUGGAAACAGUCAAUAAUUCUGGAAAGUCAGGUAAUUAUGGUACUGAGUUUUCUUCAAGGGAUAGCAAUCGUAGAGAUGGUGGACAAUGGGGGGGAUUUGGAGCUCAAUCACAUGGUGGAAAUGACCACCAACAUCAACGAAAUGCAAAUAGGAGAGGCAAUGUUGGUUCACACCCCCGUGGAGAUGGCACGUAUCAUAAUGGUUAUGGGGGUAGGCGUGAUCAGGAACGGCAAAAUCAGGAUUGGAAACCCCACAGAGGUUGGGGGAAUAGGGAUGCACACAUGCAGCCUCAGAGAGGUCCAGCUAGGCCAUUCAUGGGGGCCCCACCUCAUACGUCUCCACCUUAUAUGCCUGGGCCCAUGCGUGUGCAGCCCUAUCAACCUCCCAUGGUUUACUCUGAAGUUCCACCUGUAUUUUAUUUUCCAGGUCCAUUCCCUGAUCCACUCAGAAUGCCUAUGCUUUCUCCUGUGCCACCUGUCUUCGUUCAUGUACCAGAUACCCAGUUGCAAAUUAGAAUAGUGAACCAGAUGGAUUAUUAUUUCAGUAAUGAGAAUUUGAUUAAGGACACAUUCUUGCGACAGAACAUGGAUGAAAAUGGAUGGGUUCCGGUUACACUAAUAGCAGGCUUCAAGAAAGUAAUGGAGUUGACAGAUAAUAUACAACUAAUCCUGAAUGCUGUGAGGUCCUCUACUGUUGUAGAAGUGCAGGGUGAAAAGUUAAGGCGAAGAAAUGACUGGUUUCAUUGGCUCAUGCCGCCAUCAGUUCAGAAUUCAACCGUGUCAAGUCCUCAAUCUCUACCAAAGUCUACUUCUGAUUUACUUGUAGAAAAUCUCCAACGUGUUGCAUUUGAUGAUAAGACUGUAACACAUGGAAAUGUCGAAGCACGUCUUAGUAGAUCAUCAUCUGCUGAAUUAAAUACUCCAUCUAACUAGUGUGGCAAUAAGAUGGCUGGACAACCUGGUGCUCAACAUUCACAUCCAAUGCCCAGUUCCAGUUGUAAAUCCAAGUUAAAAGAGUUAACUUUUAUGUCGACCAGGGGUUGGAAGCUAUUGUGCUUCUUCGUGCAAUCAAUGAGUUUAGUCUUUACAUUUGGUGAUGGCAACGACGUCUCAUGAAGGAAAAAGACGGGGAAUAAAAGAGAAGAAACAGAAUUGGGAAUAGAAUUAUAAUGACUUUUAAGCAAGCUUGUAGCUUGAUUUUGUUGGGAUGUAUAUCUUGUUUUGUUUGGGAUUUAGUAUUUUGUUUUCCUUUUAUGUUAUGUUUUUCCUCUGUCAUGGUUAUUUAUUAUACAGGUAGGGGGAAUUUUGCAUUCUACUUCCCCAUG